UCGUGUAGGAUUGUUCCAGAGAAAAGAAAAGUUGAGUUGACGCUUUGCCCGUUUUUCUUAUAUUAAGGUCCUCUUGAUUAUUCUGGUCCAGCCAUCCACUUUAACAACUUCUCACUCUCGUUUUAAUUUCGUCAAGUCGUUCCUCACAGUAAAAUGGCUACAGAACAGUUAUUACCUCCUCCUGCCAUGUGGGCACAGAGAAAAAACCUGGUGUCUUUGACUAUAAAUGUUGAAGACUGCAAGGAACCAGUCAUCACCCUUGAGCCAACAAAAGUUUACUUUAAAGGAACAGGAGGUCCCGAUAAGAAAACUUUUGAAGUCACGAUUGAUUUAUUUGGUGAAAUUGACACAGCUGAAUCAAAGUACUUUGUCAGAGAGCGCAGCAUAGAAUUCUUCCUGCGAAAGAAAGAAGAGGGACCUUACUGGCCAUCCAUUUUCAAGGACAAGAAGAAGGUGCACUGGCUCAAAAUCGACUUUAAUAGGUGGCGCGACGAGGACGAUAGCGAGCCAGAGGAAAAUGGUGGUGAAGAAUCCCAAGACCUCGACGAGAUGAUGCGUCGCAUGGGCGGUUUGAACGGCGCAGGUGGCGGUCAGAUGGACUUGAACGAUCUUGGUGGUAGCGAAGAGGACGAGGAUGACGAAGACUUACCCGAUUUGGAAUAGUAGAAAUUUAACGGACGCGUACGCUCCUUUUCUAUUCAUCCAUUCGGUUCUUCUCCUACUUUGAUUUUUUGUUUAUUGCCCCGUAAUUCAUUUUGUUUUUUUCCAUUUAUCCUUCGCCCUCAACUUGCAAAUUUUCGUCGAUAUUUGGAAGUGAAAAUAAAGACGUGGCAUUUGCCAUCAUCCAUUUCCAAAUCAACAAUAAGCAAAAACAAAAAGCAAAACGGCGAAGUAAUCAAGUAUUUGUACACCAGUCUUGCAUCUCGUCAUGUUUUCUUGUGAGCCGUUUCGAAUACAAAAACAAAAGAUGAAAAGAU